UACCCGGUCAAUAACAGUAGUUUGUCAUUAAUAUAGAAGUUUGGAGUGUCUUUAAACAUGUUAUUUUACAUCCUAGUUUGACCGGAUUCAUUAAAGGAAGAAUGAACUGGCAGAAUAAAGCUGUGAACAAUAGACGCGUAGAUUAACUAAUUGAUUGAUUAACUGAUUGACGAAUUGAUUGUUUAAUUUAAAGGUUCUACAAGGCGACACAAUAUCAAAUACUUAUUUUUUUUAUUGUUAACGUUUUGUAUUGUGUGCGGCAGGAAUUAAAGUUUGGGAUUUUAACAAGUAUGGCGGCGAGUUACCGUGUCGGAGCUUGGUCACAUGACCUUUUUGGAUGUUUUGAUGACGUCAGCACGUGCCUGUCUACCUUGAUUUGUCCUUGUAUAAUGUUUGGACGGACGGCAGAAACAAUUGGCUCUGGAAAUUGCGUAAUUUGUGGUUUAUCACUGAUGUUGCCGCCUCUCAAUCUGGUGAGCAGAAUGGUUGUGCGUGGCCGGAUACGGGACAGCAAAGGGAUUGACGGAAGUGGCGUGAAUGACUUCCUCCUGAUUGUUUGCUGCCCAAUCUGCUCUCUAGUCCAGGAGGUACAAGAGUGCCAGGAUAUGACGCCGUGUGCACAGAGCAUGUGCAGAGACUAACCGGAAGAGGAUUUUGUACCGGGAGACAAUUUUGUGACUUUACAGGAAAUGACCUUUAUCAGGGUUUUGUAGGAAGCUUUCAGUUGACUGUUGAUACAUUAAAUUCACUCAUUAUGUUACGUAUACAAUUUUAUACUCAUCCAUUAGUUUAAAUGACAAAUCAUUUCAGUCAGUCACUGUACGUAGAACAAACACAAACAAUGUUCUGUUCUAUAUUAUACAUGUAUAUAUUGUAAUCUAUAAUGCAAAUGCAUGUAUAAUCAAUUUCCAUUUUUGAUGGUGUUAAUUUAAAUGAUAUCUUUCUUUACAAGAAACCAUGUUUGGGAAAACUAAACUCCAAAGUUUACCUUAGGUAAACAUAUUUGUUCAUAUUCAUCCGUUUUCACUCCACAGUUAUAUGAUAGAUGUCCACAGUUAAUGUCUGUUACCAAUUGUCUAUCAUGUAGAAAGUUCCCCGCUUGUUUUGUGUAUGGGAAUCUUUGAAUUGUUAUGUAUCAAUGUUGAUACAUAUGUAAAAUUAUGUAAUAUUAUAUGUGUGAUGUUUUGUUGAGCCAAACGCUAAUUUACUAUAUCAUCUCAAUAUAAAAAUAUUGUUCUGUU